CCGACACAGUCGCCAUCGUUGGCUGCAUUCACAAAUUCUUCACUCGACGUAAAUCUCGGUUCUACAAAGAAUUGGAUACAGCAUGCCUCCGCCUUUAAUUCUGUUAUCGCAUCCGCGCAGAAAUUAAAUAAUCUUCCCUUCCCCUACAACUCGCUCUUCUACUCCAGCGUACUAUGGCCACAAUUUCUACUCUCCUCCACAACAUCGGCGCUCGGCACACCCACCACGCCAACAACGCCCAAUUCACCCGCCUCGUUUGCCAACAAUCGCGAAUACACGCUCACACCGGAAAAGGAUCAGGAAAAUGCACUCGCGCCGCCAUCGCUGGAUAGCAGCAACACCGACGAUAUGCCGCUCAACUUGUCACUCAAACAGACAUCCUCCCUGAAGAAAUUGCACCGCUUCAGCUCCGAGCAACGAGACGAGAGCAGUGGCGACACUGUCAUAGAGAUUACCAGCACGCCGCCACCUUUGCGCGCAGUUAAUCUGAAGACCACCGCGCAUACCGCCGAGCAAACAGUCGAGCUGCUCAACAAGCUGGAGACACGCUCCCCAAUGAAGCGUCGCUCGCAUAACUCGCUCAUCUGGUCACCGGCGAGUAUGUGCGAAAAAAUCGAGCGCACCCAAGUGGAGCAGUCCCCGGCGGGCAAUGACUAUAGCGGCGCCGCGGCCUAUGCAAUCGAUCCCAUAGUGCGCAAAUUUAAGUAUGAACGCCGCGCCAGCAAUCCACGCCGCUCUUUGGGCACAACAGCAGCCGCAGAUGUGGCACUCCAAUCGCCGCUGUCCUCCACCACCGCCACCACCACCGCUGCUGCUUUGGCUACGCAAUUCAAUGCGGCCGCCGUCGCUGCGGCUGCCCGCGCACAAGAACUGAAAGCGUCCAAUUUGGACUUGGAAGUGGCCGCGCAGCAGCAAAUCUAUGCGCAUCGCACUGCCUUCAUGGCUGGGCUGGCGACGGGCAAUAACUUCGAAAUGUUGCAAGCGCAUCUGAAGGAGCUACAGAGUCGCGCGGAUGCUUUCGUGCAGAACAACAAUAACAACAAUAAUGAGAUAACAAUGCUUAGCAGGAAUGCAAGUCGCCUGGGAAGAGGCAGCAGCUACGAUAGCCAUGAUGAUGGCGUGGAACAGCUGAAAACGGAAGAAGAUGCGGAUAUGACGGAGGAUGCGAUCCGUUACUCAGCAAACAAUUCGAUUUCGGCGGCAGAGGCGGCGACGGCGCAUGAGCAACACCACCAACAUCACCAACAGCAGUUGCAACAUUAUGUUGCGCAACAACAACACCAGCAUCCGGACUCGACGGCGAUCAUUAGCGCGGCAGAUGUUCAUCAACGCUCGUACAGUUGCAGCAGCGAGGGUGAGGAGAAGCGGGGAGCGCGCAACUUUCAGUGCAAGCAAUGUGGAAAAUCCUUUAAGCGUUCGUCGACUUUAUCUACACAUCUGCUGAUACAUAGCGAUACACGGCCGUAUCCUUGUCAAUAUUGCGGCAAGCGUUUCCAUCAAAAAUCGGACAUGAAGAAGCACACAUACAUACACACUGGUGAAAAGCCACAUAAAUGCACCGUUUGCCUGAAAGCUUUCAGCCAAAGCUCUAAUCUCAUCACGCACAUGCGCAAACACACCGGCUAUAAGCCAUUCGGCUGCGGUCUCUGCGAUCAGUCGUUUCAACGCAAAGUGGAUCUGCGUCGUCAUCGCGAAUCUCGGCACGAGGAAAUUUUGGCGCCCGUAAAGAUGGAGGUGAGCAGCAGCAGCUGCUGAAGACACGCGUACGGGUCGGAAGAGGCCCUAUGCAGCAUCAAGACUGGUAGUUCGUUGAUCGUACCGGCGCACAAAUAUCCGUUAUGGAUUGGCUAAAUGUGUGUGGUAAAGUUUGUGUUGUAAUAACACACACACCCAGAUACAAGGCAAUGUAAAUAUUUAUUACAGCAUAUAAUAUUUACAUAUUUAUAAAAAAGUAUUUAUACUGAAAAAUAAGUAAAUAAGUAGUUAAAGGUAAUUUAGUUUAAGUUAACCUACGCUCAGUACGCAUUGUGUGGUUCCAGUUCGGUCUGCUGAGAUACUAAGUCGUUUAAGCCAAAGUUUUCUACACACACAAACAUACAUACAGGAUAUGUUUGCAUGUAUAGUAUGUAUGUAGUUGUUAAGCAAAUAGCAUUUAAGCAUUAGUCCGAUGAAAUUUUCAUAAACCAGUGACUGUGUGUUGGUGUGCGUUUUUUUUUAUAGGCAUGCAAAUGUUACAAAGCCUUUGAUUUUCUAACUUUCUUAGUAUUGCCUAUAAGAUCUUAGUUUUAGUUAGUUAGGAAUAAAAUUUUAAAUGAAAGUUAAUACAAAUUUCAUAAAUAGUAAUUUCCACCCGUUAAACACACGACUAUGUAUUAGGGCUGGUCAAUUUGUAUGGGAGAUUUUUUCGACUAUACACAGAAGGAUUCAACGUGGAGUUCUAAGCAAAAUUUGGCGAAAAAACCGUGUGUCUUAAAUCAAUUUGGAGUUUGCCAAAUUGCAAAAAUA